ACAGCAGGCUGGCAGGUGCUGGUACCUUUAUCUGCCGCUUUCCAGUUCCAAAAGAUGUCCGAUCAGGCACCCUCGACAUCCCGACGACACGCGCUACGGGAGGGCGUUGUAAGAGUUGGACAGUUUCUCACAUCCGCGUACACGGACCUGCCUCUUGGAACAGCCAUUAUAGUCAGUGCUUGCGUCGUAAUCCAUUUCCUAAACAUAUUUACAAAGGAUUUGGCUUGGACAAGUAAAGGCUGUCUAGCGGCAUGGGCUUAUUUAAAGGCCCCCGUCGCAAACUUCCACCGACUGUUUGCGAAUCAAUUCCUGCACGUGGGUAUCUUUCACCUGGUCCUCAACAUCCUUGCAUUUCCUUCCUUUGCUGCACCUAUCGAACGUGACAUUGGAACUUUCCAAUUCCUUCACGUCAUUUUCCUGUGGAGCUUCAUCAAUAGUUUCCUCUACGUAUUACUUGGCUCAAUCCUGGGGCUGAUCACAUUGACGGGCUGGGGAACAGCGUGUUCCGCGGGUCUUUCGGGGCUCAUAUUUUCCGCUUUGACGGUUGAAGCUGUAUUGGAGAGAGGUAUCUUUACUCCCCGGAGGAUAUUUGGAAGGGAAAUUGCAGGAGUUGCGUACCCUUGGAUCAUCUUUGGCAUAGCGGCCAUCAUUACUCCAUGGGCUUCAUUUAUUGGCCAUCUAUCAGGAAUUUUGGGAGGAAUGCUAUAUGCAUACCACCUGCUCGAUUUUCUUUUGUUGCCAUCAAGGUUCAUCGCUGCACUGCAAAGCGCACGAAUUUUCUCUGCAUUGACAGCGAGAAGUAAUUACCAUGAGGCUCCAGGUGGGGUCGCGCUCCCAACGAACGCCAAUGAGCUUCCCUCGACAGGAGGGGCGGCAUCAUCAAGAGGAGGUCUGUUCAGCAAAGUUCGAAGCGCAUUUGGAGGGGCGCGGUACACCCCAGUAGGGAAUCCGCCCCUUAGUCCAGACGAUGACAAUGAUCCCCUUUUGUGGGAAGAUGAUGAGCCCGACUUGGAAGACAAUGUCGAACAACCCUGAAUUGUCAUCUUGUAAUAAAUAUAAAUUCAACAUGUCGGAAAUGGUGAGGUGUAUAAAUAUAGAGUAAAUCAUGUCGCGGCUGCCUGGAGCCAUCACUAAGGCAUUCUAGACAUCUACGAAAACAGCGAAAAGCAUCAGUGAGAGGUAUAAAACGUUGCAUAGAUCAUGCAAG